AUGCAGUCUAGACUUAACGAGUUCGAGAAAGUCGAAGACUACUUCGAAGCAUCAAACAAAUCAUAUGAAGCAUAUAUUGCAUCUCACAAAGUAUCGAAAAGGAAAUUCUUAAUCACCAAAUACAAUUUAGAAUUGUUAAACGUGCAGCCAAAGCUUUUAUAUAAUAGAUUAAUGUUCUUAAUCAAAAAUUAUAGAAUGUUCAGAUGUGAAUGCGUCUUUUUCCAAGGUCACCUCGCUAGUUUAGAGGUUUUAAACCCAAAAAUACUAGGAAAAUUUAUCAAAUACUUUUACGUUGUGGAACCAUUACCAAUGGUUACACUUGCAGAUUUUGCAACGGAAAAUCAGAUGUCAAAAUCUAUAUUACUCGAAAAAUUACCAAAUUUAUUGUCAACAAUAGCGAUGAUGCAUUCAGUUAAGUUUGCAUAUCUAAAUAUUUCGCCAUUUACAAUCAUAGUUGAUGGUGUUUUCUGGUUACGGCCUCCAUCAUUAAUGCCAUACUCAUCUCCAAAGAAUUGUUUUGCGCCACCACCUCAAGGCUUCCGUGCUGAAUACAGAUCUGUCAAUGAAAUGAGAUUUUACCGUGCUCCAGAAUGGAAUGCAAAUCCAAUGUUUUGCGAAUCAGAUUGCUGGUCACUCGGUUGUUUAUUAGCAGAAUACAUGAUAUUUGCUGGUCCUCUUUUUGGAUCAAUAAGUAUCAAUGAUCAAAUGGUCAGAACACAAAUGAUUUGUGGUCCAGCUCCUGCAUUUUUGAAUUGGCCACCAGCUCCUCAAUCAAGGAAGACAGUAUUUCCACCAAUUAUAGCAGAUAUGCUAAGUUAUGAUCCAAGAAAACGCCCAUUACUAUGUAUUCACGUUUCAAAUCAGAUUUUGCAAUUUAUUAGAGAUUAUAAUGUUGGUGAAGAGGAAGAAGAAUUUGAAGAAGAAGAGGCAUCAUAUGGAGAAGUCUCUAUCGGCGAAAAUGAAGAUGAUGAUUCCCACAUUUCAGGAAUAUCAGCAACUGAGAGCUCUAACAUAGAAUCCGAACACUCUGAUAAAUCAAAUGCUAAAAGUUCUCAUUCUUAUCCAGUUUAUGCUGCCCCCUCUCAGAGCGGUGAAGAAGAAGAGGAUUUACUCCAAGAGAAAGUCGAUUCACCAAAAGGCAGUCAAGGAAAAUCUUCUCAAAUAUCCAAAUCAGUAUCUCCAGAUGUAAAUCAAAUCUCCCCUAUAACUAGCAACACAUCAGCUGUUUCAACUCCAUCUCAACAAAAGAAUUCUUCUUCACAAUCUCAAGCUAAUAACAGCUUAAAAGAUUCACCAAUUACUAGUAACACAUCAGCUGUUUCAACUUCAUCUCAACAAAAGAAUUCUUCUUCACAAUCUCAAGCUAAUAACAGCUUAAAAGAUUCACCAAUUACUAGUAACACAUCAGCUGUUUCAACUUCAUCUAAACAAAAGAAUUCUUCUUCACAAUCUCAAGCUAAUAACAGCUUAAAAGAUUCACCAAUUACUAGUAACACAUCAGCUGUUUCAACUCCAUCUCAACAAAAGAAUUCUUCUUCACAAUCUCAAGCUAAUAACAGCUUAAAAGAUUCACCAAUUACUAGUAACACAUCAGCUGUUUCAACUUCAUCUCAACAAAAGAAUUCUUCUUCACAAUCUCAAGCUAAUAACAGCUUAAAAGAUUCACCAGAAUUGAAGAGUGACGAUAAUAAAUCAGUAAACUCCAGAAAAUCUAAUGGAUCAAAUUCAUCAAACAAAUCUCUUCCUAAAUAUGCUUCUGGAGAAAAGAAAUCUAAGAACAGUAGUUCUGUAGAAGAAGAUAGAUUGGAUUCACUUGGAAGUAAUCAUGAUAGUCCAGCUUAUGCUUCAGGAGUAAUAGAAAGCGAUCAUAAUUCAGUUAAAUCUCAUUCUUCGCAUUCAUCAAGACAUUCAUCAUCAUCCAAGCCAAGUUAUGCAGUUAACAAAGUUCCUUCUGUUAAGGAAAAGAAGAUGAAUUCUGAUGCAUAUGAUUAUUCAUCUUCACAUUCUACAAAACUUGCAAUGGAAGAAGAUUACGUUGACAAUAAAAACAGUACUAAAAAAGUUCAGAAGACUAAAGUACUUACCUCCAAGACUGAAUCAAGUGGAAACUCCCAUGUAACAUUUUCAAGCGGAAAUGCUCAAUUUUCAGGAAAAAGUGCUUCAAGUCAUCAAUACACAUAUUCGUCUAGUACAGAUGUCCAGACAGAAGCAGAUGCUCUAAGAGAGAGGAUUAAAAUUCUUGAAGCUCAGCUUCAAUAUCAGAGUUAUUCAGAAGAAUCUAUCAAUUCUGAUUCAUCUCUUGAUCCAACUGAAAUUGUUGAAACAAUAUCAAAGCUUAAAAGAGAUCUAAAUGCAAUGGAUAGUGGAUUAUUAUCCGGAUCAUGCGUUGGAUGUGCAACUGGUACUGACUUAGAAAACAGCUUGUCUAAGCAAGAAAAGAUACUUGAUGCUGCUGAUGAAGAAUUGAAAUCGGAUUAA